CUUCUAUCCCGCACCGCUCGAUAUCGAACUUAUCGCCUGCUCGCGCCGGCUGUCUGUCCUUACCUCCAAUACCUUCACCAUGGCAGACCUCGAUAACCUGGAGUAUUACAUCAAGUUUCCCAGCCCGAACUUCAACUACGCAGCGGCCGCCGGCAAUGGAGGAGGUAACGGAUCCUCCAUCAAUGGUGAAAGCGACUUCGUCUUUGUUGUGGACGAGCAAAAGCUUCCGGUCAUUUUGCUGUUUGGCUGGGCCGGCUGCCAGGACAAGUACCUGGCAAAGUAUUCGCAGAUAUAUGAAGAAAAAGGGUUAAUAACGCUGAGAUACACGGCACCAGUGAAAUGUCUCUUCCUAAAACGUUACCAAAUGAUAGCUAUAGGAGAAAGGUUGGUGAAGCUACUGAUAGACCUAAAUUUUGAUACGCAUCCUAUAAUAAUUCACGUUUUCUCCAAUGGUGGAGCAUUUUUGUACCAGAACUUCGCCUUGGCUUUGGAUAAUAGUGAAAAAAACAUCAUGGUGAAGGGGGUGAUAUUUGACUCCGCUCCUGGAAGAAGAAGAGUGACCAGUCUGUUCAGAGCAAUUUCUGCGAUAUUAGGGGGAAAUAAGUUCUACAAUUUUUCUGUAUCUUUGAUAAUGACCAUGUUCCUGUCAAUGAUAUGGCUCUGUGAGGUAAUUUCGAAUACAAUUCAUCCGAAAACUACAUUUCAGUCGAAUCCACUAGAGAAUUUGAAGAGCGAAAAGAACAGGUGUCCACAGCUCUUUAUAUAUUCCAAAAAUGAUGACUUAAUACCCCACACAGAUAUAGAGUAUUUCGCAGAAUGGAGAAAAAAGUCAGGUGUUGAUGUUACAACUGUGUGCUAUGACAGGAGUCUUCAUGUGAAGCAUCUUGCCGAAAAUAGGGAAAACUACGUGAAGACGGUAUACAAUUUCAUCAACCGUUGCUUGAAUGGAAGUACUUAAUCCAGCUUAAAUUCAAUCUAAAACUUUAUUCCAGAUAAAUCUUUAUUUCAAAAUAUAUUUAGAGGUUAUGAUCCGUAAGGCUUGAUGUAAUAACACUGAAACAUGGGCUUCAUAGAAAACAUCUCCUAAGCAUAACAAAGCAAACAUGAUUGCACCUGGUAUCACGAUUGUAGAAACUUGAUAUGAGAUAAUUUGACGUUGGAAUCACACAGGUUCCUACACCACAGAUAUUGGAUUUCAUUUUAUUGUCUGGAUGCAGGUAUGGAAAAAAUUUAUCCUAUUAUAUGCCAGAAGGAGUUAGCGGAGCUGUUCACAAUGUACAUGCCCUCGGUGCGUACGAAACGCUGGAGCACAAGAGGCUGCAGCUCUUCUUUUUUUUUGUGUCACGCGACGUUCCCUCAACGUUAGCGAUUACAACGGAGAAUACGAUCGUAUGAGCAUAUAUUUCCAGUCCUAGAAGCCCAUGCUAAAGUACUUGAAAAAUAAUACUUUUUUUGCAUUUUCAUUUGACAGCCAACGUAAUGUUUAGUACAAAUUUUUUAAAUAGGUAACAUUUUUUACAUUACACAGUUUUAGUUGAUUACAGUGAGUUAUGUGGAAAAGAUGGUAACAAAAAUUGGAUAGUCUGUAACCUAUGGGAUAAGAUGCUACACGGUAUUAUCGGAAAAAGAAAAGCACCAAGUCUGAGUUGAUUUUAAAGUUAUUAGGCAUUUUCUGUUAAGUAUAUUCCAAUAAGACUUCAAAUGUCUGUUUUCAUUGAAUUAGUUCACAGGUUGAUUUUGAAAUGUUUAUCCAAAUAAAAAGUUUUUUCGAUGUCAUGCAUUGCAACUAUUUCAGUAGCAAAUAACUAAAAUGAUUAUAGGCUAAGGUAAAGGAGAAUACGUUCCUGAAAUUUAUCUCGAGCAAUUAUUGCAGUAGAGACUACAGGAACUGAGCAGGAACUGUUGUUACACAUUUCGUAAAGAUGCAAAGCAGAAACUUUGAAUUUUGUCAAAAGAACUACCUUAACUACCUUUAAGCACAAAUAUAUACUAUGGGCUGCACAAAAUAGAAUCAAAAUCCACUAAAGAAGUUGUCUCAACUAUUUAAAAUUUUGGUUUUUGUAAGUCAUGGAACCAUUUAACAAAUUUAAUUUUUUGCGGAUAUUUCAGAUAACUUAUUCACAUUAUAACAUGUUUUCCAAUUAAGAACCAUGAAGGAGAUAUAGAAUUUUAUCUUGUGUAGUGUAUUGAGUUGAACAGGAUAAUGUGAUAUUUGAGUAGCUAGUGGUCGCCGGAGGACCCAUACAUGAUUGAAUAUUGAUUAUUUGUUGGAUUUAAGUUGGUUUCUCUAGAUCUUGUACUUAUUUUCGGAAUCCAAAUACUAAUAUUUUCAAAACAAAUGAGUAAGUGCUACAACAAGUGCUGAAACAAAUGAUGAUAAUGAUACAUGGGACUCCAAAUUAGGAUUAGACGAACUAAUGUUUAACGCACAAUGCUAAACUGGUUAUAAUACUAGAUAUGGUUAUAAUAUUAGGGAGUGAGUCAGAUCAUAGAUCUAUGGUAAAAUCUACUCGUAGCUGCUAGCUUCACGUCAGACCUGUUUUCGUUUUCUUUAUAAUCUCCACGCCGAUGGGAGAGGAAGUAUUGUAAUUGCGAAAAUAGUUGCGAAGUUAUUUUUUUUGGAUGUUAAAUGAGAUAUGCAGCACGAGAAUCCAUGUCACCCAUUUCCGUCUGCCUGUCGCCGGUAUGUGCGCUAAUCCUGGUCCCUGCUGUAACUUGGAAAGUACCUCAAAUUUUUAUGAAAUUUUGAUACUUUACUAUGUCAAGCUUUGCAGUAUUUGGAAAUCGAUCCACUGGCGGCAAAGCUCCGGCCAAAAAACAAAAAAGAAGGUGAUGCAAAUUGGGGGUUGAAGUUUGUUGGGUAUCCUUGGGUACCAGUGGCAGACGUUCUCUUAUUAAGAAGCUUCCGAUCUCGGUAAUACUAUGCGCCUGAUUGGCAAAUCAGAACGAAGUUUCAGUCAUGCCAAUUUAUUCUGGGCGCACAUAUUCGUUUUCCGCGUUCGAUUUCCGAAUUCGUUUUCCGUAUUCGGAGACCCGAAUGCAUCAAACGCUAAUAAAAUACAUUGACUGCCGCACACGUUCGUUUUUUUUUCCGAACGGAACACAUUCCUUACGUACGCUUCCUGCGUUCGUAAACGGAUAAAAUCUAAUGACGUCACGCAGAACGCAGCACUGGCAUACAUUUGUAAUGUACCGCCGCACGCAGUCGGAAAUUUCCAUCCAGAACCGAGCAGUGACGUGCGUAUUGGACGUCACGUCGUUGCUUCAAGAACUCGAAUGCAUCAGGACAAUGUGUGAAGCCGACGAAGUAACAUUGGCUGUUGAAAAGCACUCCUGCUUGUGGUAUAUUCAUGACAAGAACUACCACAAUAGAGAUGUCAAAGAGUUGGCGUGGGAGCAAGCUUUCAAAGAGAUUAUAUAGGAUUGGAACUCGUGCAUAAAAGUAGAAAAAGAAAACAAGAGUAAAAUUACUUUUCUUUCACUUUUAUUACUUUUAUUGUUGUAAAUUGGUAAUCCUUUCGUUUUAUAGAUUUCGUUAUAUAAUAUUUCUUCUGCCGGAGUCAUGAAAUACCGAGCAAACUCAUCUCUUAUGCUUCAGCCUCAGUUUGUAGAUCUAUGUUGUGUAUUCAGAGAUAAUCUGAUCCAGGUAUCUUGCUUCCUUAAUUUAUCACGUAUGCCAUUAUGAAGUUCAUCGAAAGAUUGUAUUGACAUUCUGUAGAAAUCAAAGAAUUUAUCUGGAUGUGCUCGUAACUUUGCUCUUUUUAGAUAAAAUGGACUCUCGAAGGUUCUCCGACUGGUUAACGGAUGCACCCAAUACCGACGAUUCUUUUUCUUCUUUUUUGAUAAUAAUAAUAGCAGUGCAAUUCACAGAGCCGCCACUGACCGUACUGAUAGUACAAUAUGCACUUUAAAAAAUUGAACGUUUGUGCUAGGUUCACGGAAUUCCGAAUUGGAAUUCCUGAUUAGGAAACCGUAUACGGAAAACGAAUGUAUGCGUCCAGCCUAAGGCGACACGUUUCGAGUUUCACUCCCCAUCUUGCGACCGCCGCACUACCAGAUGAUAGCAUUUAAUUGACUGGCCUUGACAAAAAAGUUACAGGCACAGGCUAUAAUAGCUAUGCGACGUAUACGAGUAUUUUACCACAGGCUGGCCGAAAUCCAAAUAGCGGCGUUAGGCACAUUGCUUUUGCUCUUUUGUAUUACAAGUAAAUAUAACGUAGUCGUCUUAGGUCAAGAAGGUCGACUUUAUAUCUCAUAUACAGUUGCUUUGUUCAACCAUAGUUCAUAUGGCGUAAGGUCGGAAAAUAAACCGAAUAUAAACUAACUGAUGACAGAAUUUCAUGGGAAGUACCGAGUCAUUCUACUUGAUGCCAUGUUUUUGUAGAAAAUGACGCUAUGAUUCGGUCGCACCAUCUUGACCACCUGACCAUCUCGUGCACUUGACGAAAAAACCUCAAGCCACAAGUAAUGCUUAUGUGGAAUGAAGGUGAUGAGUAUACUUACGUACAAUAUUAUAUGUUUACAUAUUUCAUUAAAUAUUUAUUGAUUGUUACUUGAUGCUUACGUUUAUAUACUGUGCUUUCCAAAAAGUCCCCCCCUCCAAUUAUUUUUUGAAGAUUGAGUCGCUUAUGACCUGACAACCAGUCGUCAGAACAUUAUAUUAUGUUAAACCAAUAUUAUUCUUUUCAGAAGGUGUAUCCGAAUAUGGGACAAAAAUGGCAAUUCACUUCUAAAAAUUGUCAAAAUCUGUUUAUUGAAUGAAUCUCCCAUAUUUUAUUCCAAAUUCAUGUAGACCUUUCCAAAAGAAGAUUGAUGUAACAUACUGUAACGUACGAGCAAAAACGCUCAAGUUCGAUAGUCUGGUAUUUUAUAAUUUUGGAAGAUAGUGAUUUUAUAUUCUACGAUUAUGAACUGAUCAUAAGGAACUUCAAAAUGGGGGGCCUUUUUGAAAACCACUAUAAUGUGUGAUCCUUUAUAAAAGGUCUAUAAAAAUACUUUUGAAGCUAAAUUAGGUGGUGCAACAUUGUCCAUAGGGUAGUAGAAUGAGAUGUAUUUAUGACUUCCACGUUUAUACGAAAAUUGAAAUUAGAUGUUACUCUUGCAAUAUAUGUUUUUAAGUCGUCAGCAAAAUUUUUAGAAUAGGUGUUUCCUGAACAGAAUCAGCGCUCAUUUUUCAACAACAAAAGAUAAAUACUAGGAUGAACAUCAGGGUGAAUACAUGAAUGAGAAUAGAUAGAGUAUUUUCAAUUAUUUGCGAACUACAGAAAGUACUCCACGUGAUGUGCUAAUCAAUGGUACAAAUUUCCAACACAAAGAGGCAAGACAUCAGUAUCUAAGUGGACUUAAUUUUAUGUGGUUAGGGUAUUUUUUAUCUAUAAAACUAAAUUUUACAGAUACACGAAAAGACUAACCAAAUGUUGUUACUUAUGCAGAGUGAUUUAAGACAACUUUAUUGUGAUACACUUAGUAGCGUUCUGAACGCAGUAUAAUUUUAAACAAUAGUUUCUACACUUAUUAAUUAUAGGUGCUAAACUUAAUGUAAUAUUGUUUAUAUUAUUAAAUAGUUUGUCAUUUA